UCGAAAGCAGCAGCAGCAGGAGCAGUAGACGGAAUUGGACAAAAAAUCUCAAGCGCGACCUUAAACUACUUCCUGUGCAUUCCGGAAUCCCUUGUGCUGUUGUGGUGUUUUGUAGUGCGUAAAAAAAUGUGGCAAAAGAUGGGAUUCGUGACGGUCGCGCUGGUUGCCUUCGCUUGCCAGCAGCUGGUCUGGUCAAAGACGGUUCCGCUCCCGGAUGCCGUCCGACAGAUAGUCCCCAAGGCCACCGAAGACGGUGAGGUGCUGGCCGAGUUCGAUCGGUUGUUCAACCAGCUGCACUACGACGUGGACUACAAGCUGCGCGUUCUGCGUAUGAACCAAUCGCUCGCCAUCAAGAACCUGAACGCACAGUUCGUCUCGCGCUUUGGCAUCGUCAUCACUGACAUCCAGCACGAGAAGCAGCGUGUGAAGGAUGCCAUCCUCGAGCACGCCCUUUCGAUCGGGGACACACAGAAUCCGUGCAUCGUGCAGAACAACGAUGAAGCACUGCGUCAGGCGACGCAGGCUGCUGCCGAUAUUAGCCUGGCGGCGGAACUGGCAUACGCCGAUAUGGCCACCGCAUCGCGUGUCUUCUUCUAUCCGCAGGUGCAAGCCUUCCAGAACAGCUCGACCGAUCUGCAGAGCUUCGUGGUGCGGAAGAUUGCCACCUCGAACAUCGUAACCGAUAUGUACGUGACGCUGGCCGAACUGGCGUACGCGUACGAGGGCGAGGAGAACAAGGUCGAGCGUGUGCUGGCCGGGGUCGAGACGGAGCUGGACAACUUCCAGGAGGUCGUGAACAACGUGCGUCGCGAUAUCUGGGCCAUGACGGAUGCGAUCGGGCGUAACUUCAUCUUCAACAUGGAGCUGCUGCUCGAGGAAGCGCUCCAGUGCUCGUAAA